CACCUUGCGCCAUGGAGGGCAAACGCAAGGCCGAAGCGGGAAGCUCCAAGGACUCCAAGGCUGCGCGCUGUGUGGCGACUCCAGUGCGCUCCACAGGUUCGUCCAAGACCUCCCAAGUCUUGAAAGUGACAGCGCCGGCGACUGAGGCUUUCAAGGCGAAACUGACACUUGAUGCUGUUGAAGCAGAAACUGAGCGUCGAAAAAUCUACGGAGGGCAGCCCCUCACAGAAACAGUCAAGUUGCUUCAGUCCAUCUGCAAGACAACCCCAUGGACCUUGGAGGCACUUCGACGCGCCAUGGAACAUGACCUCAAGCAGCAGCCUCCUCAGAAACGGAACUUGUUGCAAACAAUCUCAGAUCCCGAAGAACCUUUCGUUCAUCCUCCGGCUCUUCGCCUCGGAGACUACUUCUUCAACCAGAAGUUUCUGAUUCUGGUGAAGUCAGAUGUCACCGACAUGGUCAAGGCGGAGAUCCAGCUGAUGAACUUGCUGGAAGGCAAACGCCCUAGCUCGGGCGUCAUCUCUUUGAAGGAGCUUGGCAACACGCGGCAAUUCCAGGUGAACCUUGUGCUGGAGAACUGCAGGGUAUGUGCAGAUGGCAAGUUGAGAGAUGAUCGCUGUAAGAUCACGUUUGCCGUCGAGCCGGAAGUGGUACAUGAGCUCCAGCUGGUUCGAAGCCGCAUCCAUGCAAUCCCUGCCUCAAUCCACAAGGAUACAGAGAGGAAACUCGACACUGCGUGGGACACCUUUGGCGGUCUUUUGCGACAAGUGCAAGGCCAUCAGGAACUGCAAGUCGAGAGGUCCCAGUUCAAAACCUGGAAAAAGGACUUGCAUGGUCUUGAGACACGAUGUGAAGCGCUGAAGACGGAAUAUCUCAUCAUGUUCGUGGGCAGCAGCGGUGCCGGAAAAUCUCGUCUCAUCAACGUCCUGUUGGGUGACGCUCCGGUGCUGCCGAGUGCUGGGGAGGGCUCGGCAGUCACUGCAGCCACCGUGGAGCUUCGCUACUGUGCACAGCGGUCGAAGGGCCUUUUCCCGUACACGUACUACGUGGAAUUUGAACUCUACAGUAAGGAUGAGUUUGUCGCCCAGCGUGAUCGCAUGACCCAAGAGUUUUUGGAGUACUGGAAUUUCAUUGCGCAGGGUUUGAAGGAGAUCGCGCAAAAGAAGCGAGAGGAGCAGCAACGCCAAAAGCUUUUGCGCAAAGCGCAGCGGGCCGAGGAGGAUGAGCUUGAAGAGUUUGGAGAAGGGGAGGAAGAGGAAGACGAAGGGGAAGAGGAUAUUGAGAUGGAUUUUGACAGCAUUCCACCUUCGAAGCCUCCAAAUGACGAAGACGCAGCUCGUGCUCGACAUGCCUAUGAUUGGUUCGAAGCUGUUUUUGGCACCCAAGCCAUGAUUGGAUGGCCGUCGGCAGAUGCCUUCAAACAGGCUUUCAACAAGACGCCGCAGAAGCUGAACGUUGAACGGCAGCACAAGCACAGUACCGAGAACCAGGGAAACCUCUGUAGCCUCCUCAAGAUGUGGCUGACUCAUGAUACUUCCCUGGCCAAAGAAGGGCAGUACUAUCCACUGGUGUCCAAGGCAAAAGUGAGUGGUCCCUGGUCCGUUCUCGCCCCAAACUUGGUCUUUGUGGACCUGCCAGGAACUGGUGAUGACAAUGCCGUGCGAAAUGACAUUGCACAGAGGGAGUUCAAGAGGGCAGACUUCGUUUGUGUGUGUGCUCGGGUCGACCGGGCGGUCACGGACAAGGCCUCGCUCCAGUGGCUCGACAAAUCUUUGCGGGACAUGCCCAGCGACAAUGUGGCCUACGUGGUGACAAAGUGUGACGACGUGAGUGCGGACGAGAUCAGACGCGACCAUGGGAUGAGACGUGGCUCUUGCAGCAAGGCUGCAGAAAAGCGUAACGAGCUCAUCAAGAAGCAGUUGUCAGCAAAAUCAGUGCAGGUGUUUACUGUUUCGUCCCGGGACUAUGCACGAUGCAUUGGUUUGGAGGAUGGAGUUCCCGCUGCGUUCUUGACAGAAGAGGCCACGCAGAUCCCAGCAGUGCGCAAGCACAUCGUCGACUCAAUGAAGUCCCGCAAGAUCAAGGCGCAACAAGAACUCCUGGAGACGUUCGAAUGGCAAUUGCGAACCAUGCAGGCACAGACGCAACCUUUGCAAGUGGCACAGUACAAUGGGCCCCAGAUCUACACCUUGUUUGAAGAGCUGCUGAGAGACUUCACGCCGAGGCUGAAAGGCCAUGCCCAGAAAUUGCACGACGAACUGCAGUCAAAAAGCAACGAUUUGAAAAACGCAGCGAAGACUGGCAUCCAGGAAAGCCAAAGCCGUUUGGGCAGCAAGGCGCAUCACUACGGUGUGGGUUACCACGGCCAUUGGGCGAGGCACAAAGCCCUGAUAGUGCGUGAUGGCCAAUGGGCUGGCAUGGACAUCCCGCAGGAAGUGAGCGAACCUGUGGUGAGCGGGAUUGACCAGCAUUGGGAUGUCUUCAACAUCAUGCCGAAGAAGGCAGCGAAUUUCAGGACAUUCUCACAGAAAGAAGCCCGGCAUUUCGUCGAAGCCUUUGCCGGUCGUUUGGCACCAUGGCCAGAGCUGUGUGAACAUGUGCGUCAGCUGGGUCCACUGGCUGUGCAAGGUAUAGGCCAUCGUUUGACGGCCGUUGUUGGCAACCUGGACGCGUUCCUGCUGGAGAAACGCGCAGGCUAUGCGGAAGAGGUUCAAGCCGAAGUCAAAAGAGAGCUAUCCACCCACCUUUACGACGCCAAACACAACUAUUCCGGGACCGGCUCCGUAAAACGACGGAAGCAGAGUGUCACAGAUUCCAUCCCACGCGUAGACCUGCGGCACAGCGCUGCGUCUCCUCAGCAGCGCGUGGCGGAUGCCAUGGAACAUUUUCAGCUGCUGCUGGAGGAGAUGAUGAACAAGACGGGCGAGGUGAUGAGGAGCUCCUUCGCUGAGUGCUGGCACGCCGCCGAAGAACGCUCAGAGGAAGCCAUGCGGCAACGCGAAGCGCUCCAUGCAGUGCUGUCCCAGGACGCACAGGUGUUCCAUAGUGGCAUGAAGCCUGCUAUGCAAGCAGUUUCCACCAGUGAUGUGUUCGGCAAUGCUUCGACAUCUUGA